AGUCCAAAUAAAAAAAUACUCCGCUCCAGAGUCAGCUGCCCUCGUGCAAGAUGGACAGCGUGAACGACUAUGAGGCCGACACAGCAUUUCUGGGGGACUGGGGGCCCUUCCAGCGUCGUCUCUCGCUGCUGGUCUGCAUCACCCUGAUCCCCAACGGUUACGGGAGCCUGGUGGUGGUCUUCCUGGCCGACACGCCGGCCCACCGCUGCCUGGUGCCCGCGCACGGCCCAAACCUGACGGACGAGUGGCGCAACGCCAGCAUCCCCCUGGAGGAGGACGGCCGGCCUACAGAGUGCUCCCGGUACCGGUUGGACACGCUGCGGGUGUACUCGGAAGCGGGCGUGCUUCCUUCCGACGUCAACCUGACCGCCGUGCCCCGAGAGGGCUGCCUGGAUGGGUGGGAGUAUGACCGCAGCGUUUACGCCUCCACCAUUGUUUCUGAGUGGGACCUUGUUUGUGCGCAGCAAUGGAAGAAACCGCUGACGACGUCGGUCUACUAUUGCGGUUACCUCGUCGGAUCCUUCCUGUCUGGCCAGCUCUCUGACAGGUUUGGCAGGAAGAUCGUGCUGUUUGUCACCCUGGGGGGCCAGACGCUGUUUGCUUUCAUCCAGGUUUUUUCUCACUCCUGGAUGGCCUUCUGCGUCCUGUACUUCCUCGGCGGCAUGUCGCACAUCUCCAACUACCUGUCCGCCUACGUGCUCGGUGCGGAGAUUGCCACUCCUCGAGUUCGCGAGUUCUUCACCACGGCGGGCUCGUGCUUAUUCUUUGCGUUGGGCUACAUGCUGCUGCCUCUCCACGCCUACUUCCUGCGAGACUGGAGGAUGCUGCUGCUGGGCAUCACCACGCCCGGAUUCCUCCUCUUAACUUUAUGGUGGUUCAUCCCCGAGUCGCCUCGCUGGCUUCUGUCUCAGGGGAGGAUCGCCGAGGCCGAGGCCAUCUUGAAAGACGCCGCCAAGAUGAACAAAAUAGAGGCGCCGGAAAAAAUCUUCACUCCUCUGCAGAACAAAUGUGGCUUUGAGAAGAUGAAGGCAUACAACAUCUGCGACAUGCUCCGCUACAGCAACAUCCGCUGGAUGUCUGUUGCGCUGUGGUUUGUCUGGAACACGAUAGCCAUCGGCUACCUGGCCCUGUCGCUCAAUACGUCCAACCUGCACGGCGGCGCCUACUUCAACUGUUUCCUGUCGGGGGCCGUGGAGAUCCCCGCCUACUUCAUCACGUGGCUCAUGUUCCGUCGCUGCCCACGCCGACUCACCAUGGCCGGCAGUCUCUUCGCUUCGGGUUUCUUCCUCCUGGUCAUCCAGCUCGUUCCGGCAGGCCUGCACUGGUUGGCGGUGACCCUGGAGAUGAUCGGCAAGUUCACCUUGACGGUGGCUUUCUCGCACAUCUACGCUUACUCUGCCGAGCUCUACCCGACCGUGCUGAGGAACACGGCCAUGGGCGCCUGCUCCAUGGCCUGCAGGAUAGGCAGCGUCUCCGCACCCUACAUCAUCUACCUGAGAACAUAUUCGCUGUCGCUGCCUUACAUCCUGAUGGGCGUCCUGAUCACUAUGGCGGCGUUGCUCAGCCUCCUGCUCCCCGAGAGCUACGGAAUGCCCCUGCCGGAAAGCAUCGCUCAAAUGCAGCCCGGGUGCUGCCGGAAGGUGGUCUACAAACGCACACACACCAAGGAAGAUGAGACCGCACGGAAGUCCAUGGAUGUCCAGUAAACACAAAUAUUCCAAUUUGAUAGCAUUCAAACUCCAGUAUUAAUAAUUAGUGGAUUUUUUAAAAUUUUUGAACCGAAGGAAGUGUGUUUUUACAUCUUGUAUUCUUCACUGAAUGCAUUCAUAAACAUUGAGGUUGUCAUCAAGUACCAAAAUACCAAAUAAUUAAAUUAUAACUACCCUCUGUGUCGUUUCAGGAAAUGAGCCAAACCAAUGUAAAAACAUUUUUUAAUCAUAUUAUGAUACUUGGAUAUCAUUAGUAACCAAAUUGCAGUAGUUUUUCUUAACUGUAUGAAUAAUUUUGGCGAUGUGUCCCCUUUUUUUCCUUUUUUGAUUGAGCUUUACUCAAGUGUUUCUUUGUUACUUUGUGUUUAGAUUUUGCACUUUGUUAAUUUAGCAUUUAGACUUUUCCAUGAUCCUUGUUUUCCUUUGUUUUUGGAAUUAAAUAUAUAUAUAUAUAUAUAUAUAUAUAUAUAUAUAUUAUAUAUAUAUAUAUAUUAUAUAUACUCCUGCACUACUGCAUUGCCUCCCUGCUUCCCUGCACUUGGGUCCGCCAUGUUUUUGCCUUGCCUUCCUCGCCUUUGACCAAACGUGACAGAGAAACACUUGAGUAAACCCAAAACAAGAAACAAGACAUGACUGGUGAAAUAACUGAACGGCACAACUGGCAACUAUGACAUGACACAGACAAAUACAAACAGAUUGACGAGACAACCAGGGACACCUGAACAAGGCAUGAGUGGCUGGAGAGAGCUGAUUGGUCCACACAAGGUAGAAGGUUGACGAGAACAGGUGGACACAUCAACCAACCAAAUGAGCACACGACAAACAUGGAACACAGGAAAACAUGGAACAAAACUAAACACAACCCAAACCAUGACAGAAUGUUCAUUGAUACAUUUUUUUGAUGCAAUGUUUUGGUAUGCACGCCCAUAUCACAGCAUGCACAUAAAAUAGUGUAUGAAUGGUUAUGUCAGCAUUCACACAUACAAAAAAAAGUGGGAAGCCAAUUUUGUAUUUUUUUAUUUGAGGCACGAUAAAGGUAUGAACGUUCUUUAAGCAUUUACAUAAAAUGACACUUUGCUUUGAGGGAGUGAUAAUGUUGACUUUGACAAACAGUAUAUGAAUGUUGACCUCAGCCAAAAGAAUUAAGCAGGAUUGUAUGAAUAUUUGUGCUUUGAAUGUAUCCUGAUCCCACAGCAUUUUUUUGCCCGAUUGUUGUUUCAAGAUACAAAAAGGAUAUAUUGCAUGAACGCUCAUCUCGUCUUGUGGUUUUCA